CACUUUUAUUAAUUAUACCUCCAUGAUGCAAGAAAGGCAUAAGCGUGCCUUACCUGCAAGACAUUCUUUUCUUACUGAUGCUGUUAGUACUGUUUUAGAGACAAGUUCAAAAACUCAAGUCCCUCAAAUAGAUUGUCAAACUAUUCUCAAACUGACCAAAGAUCUAUCCAACUGUACCGACUUUGGUGAACCUGAACCCAUACCAUUGCCUUCCUCUGAUAUUCAACCUGUGUUUCGAAUCAUAUCACAAAAACGCCCUACAAAGGCCAAAAGCAGUAGUGAUAUUACCACAUCAGAUGACUAUUACUUGGCACGACAUCGAAAACAUGAAAUGGAAGAAAAGAAGCAAAAAAACAGAGAAAAAGAACGAUUGGAGCAUGGACUUUAUCAGCAACAACAACUUGUAGAACGGCUCAAGACUAUGGACAAAAGUACUCUAGCCUCGAUUGUUUCUUCAUUACGACCUCUACAAUCAAACGAUUCGCCAUCACAAGAAACAAGACAACCAUAUACCUCAAUGACACCAAUGGACUUGGAACGACUUCACCAGAUCUUACUGCAAGAUGCUCGUGAACAAAUGUAUCGAUAUGAAAAAUUAGGUUUGGGUCGAAAACGUGGACAAGGUUUUAUCAAUACGCGUGGUUCUGCUGCAAGGAUCAAGGAGCUAGAGACCAAGGUAUUAGCUCAUUUCAAACAGCAAGGACAACAUCGACCUGAAGGUAAACGACGAAGCUUACGAACAGGAAUUGCUUUUGGUGAAAAAUUACCUGCAAUGGAUACGGUUGACUUUGAACUACCGGAUGAAGUAUUUGGAACCAUGAUCUCAAGAAGGAAAUAG